AUGGCCUCAGCAGUUGAAAAACCAUUGACCUUGGAUGUGGAAACAAUAAAUAAGAUAAGGCCAAGCUGUGCACGUGUGAAAGUUGAGGUAGAUUUAUUGGUUGAGCACCCUAAAAGAGUGCAAAUUCAGGCUAUGGAUAGUAAAACUGGGGAUGUUAAGUCAAGGUGGGUGAAAAUACACUAUGAUUUCAUGCCCAAAUAUUGUAAGGAAUGUUGUUUACAAGGACAUGAUGAGGAAGGGUGUUGGAAACUUCAUCCAGAUUUGUUACCAGAUAAGGAGAGUGAGGAAGAGGCUGAAGGGGAUGGAAGUGAGAAAGGGAAGCAGGUUGCAGUCCCAAACAAAGUGAAGGAAACAGAGAGAGGUACAAACAAGGUAGAAGUUGGAAACAAUGAUAAAAAGCAGAUUGCUUUGCCUACAGCAAAGGACAAUAGUGGUACAAGUAAACAAGGUGAACUAGUAAAACCUGCUGUUGUUCAAACAAUUAAUAAGUUUGCAGCAUUAGAAAAUAAGGAUGGUGGAUAUGAAGGUAUAUUGAUGGUAGAUCAGGAUCAAUCACAAUCAGUUUAUGCAGAAGUUGGAAAUGAAGUUGAUAAUCCUCAGAUGCAGUUGGUGGUGGCAUCUAGUGAUCAAGAGGGUAGAACUGGUGUUGGUGUUGAAGUUGGUACUAAGGUUGAGAAAGCCAAGGUACAAGAAGCUCAGAGGGUAGAGUUUGUAAUCAACCAGCAGCAGUCUCUACAAGUCUCAAAGGGUGCUCCUAUAAAACAUGCAAGUGUUUCUACCAAUAUACAGGCUAGGGAGAAGGUUGAGACUAUGGAUACUACACCUGUAAGAGCAACCCAGAUACAUGAGAAUAGUAGUGCACAUCAAAACCAGCAGCAGAACAAUGCAGCAAAUCAAGUUGCUAAUAUUCAUGCAACUGGGCACAUGCAAGUUGCAAUUCCUAUUGGGGAUGAGGCUAAAAUAGACAUGGAUGAGAAGUCCACUACACAGAAUUUCUUGAAUGCUGCAAAGAAGGGUGAUAUAUCUCCUAGGCAGGUGGCAAAAGGAGCAGGAAAAACAAUGAAAAAGACCAGUGAACACCAAAAAAGCUUUCAAAAGGCUUUUGUCAAUGCAUACAGAACACAGAUUCUUCCUUAUAGGACUGAAAGAAUAGAAUUGUGGGAAUCCUUGUAUCACUUAGCAUCAGAUAUGACACUACCUUGGCUUGUGGGAGGAAAUUUUAAUGUCAUUAUUCAUGAAGAAGAUAAAUAUGGGCGCUUGCCAGUUACACUGAAUGAAGUAGAAGCUUUUAGGCAUUGCAUUCAAUCAUGCAAUCUCUCAGACCUGGGCUACAAAGGAUUAGAGAUCACACAUUUGAUCAAGUGUGGUUCAGAUCAUUCACCACUACUACUUGAAUGCAAACAACAGGUUCAACAACUUAAGAAGUCUUUCAAAUUCUUGAAUUUCUGGACUAAACAUGAUACUUUAUUUGAUGUGGUGAAAGAUAAUUGGGAGACUGAUGUAGUAGCCAAUUCUUUCAUGACUUUCAAUGUGAAACUGAGGAAGUUGGAGAAAGUGUUAUCAACUUGGAUUAAAAGUACUUAUGGUGACAUUUUUCAGAAGAUUACUAAAUUGGAAGAAAAACUCAUGAAAGUUCAAGCAGAAUUGACAAGAGUACUGCAUUUAGAGGAGGAAUUUUGGAAACAAAAGGCAGGCAUGUCCUGGUUCCAAGAUGGUGAUAAAAAUUCCAAAUUUUUCCAUGCUCAUGUGAAGGGAAGAAGAAAGAGGUUGCAGCUGACCAGAAUUCACAAUAGUGCAGGAAUUUGGCUUAAUGAGGAGAAUGAAAUUGCAGAAGAAGCAAUCAGAUUUUAUCAGACACAAUUCCAUGAAACUAUUGUCCCUACAUAG